AAGCAAACGAAAAUACACCAGCCAACACCAACAACGCUUGUUGCUUGCUUGGUGUUGUGUGGUUGUUGUUGUUCCCUUCUUUUGCUUCCACCUGCAUUGCCUCCUCCCUGCUGCCAUCCCACUCCCCACACCCCUGCUCCGCUCGUGGCUGCCGCCAUGACGUGUGAGAGGGGCCGCCGUGGAAGAAGGGGUUGCAGUUGCUAUGACAGCAACUGUCACAGCUGCUAUCACAACAAGCACAGUGCAGAACGAAGAAGCACAGCAACGAGCAGCAACACAUGUCGCCGCCACUUGACGUGCGGUGCACCUGCUCUUCAUCAUGCUCCUCGGUCGCUGCUGUGCACAACGUUGAUGGUCCUCGCAUUGCUGGGUCUGUAUGGUGCCUCGGCGCAAGAAGCCCAGGUUGCCGUCAACCUCGUGUGCACGGCAGGCUCCUGCGCAAACGUCAGCCAGCCUGUGAUCCUGAACACCCCUACACGCGUCGGCUUUGGAGUGGUGCAAGUCCCCACAGACACGUCCACCGCCGCGCAGCAGGUUGCAGAUGAGAACAACCUGAUGCGCCGUGCCUUCGUCUGCAGCUUGGAUGGAGGUCCAUACACGGCGUGUGCCGCAAACCCAGACGGGCCCGGUGCUUUGCAAGAGUAUGCACCGGUGGGACGUCUGGCAGAUGGGCAGCAUCAGUUCUGCGCCCGCGCCGUUCUACCUGAUGCGCAACAAGUUUCUUCUGACGCAUGCCCAAGCCAGUGUGGUGCAAUCACUUGCCUUUCCUUCGUGAUCGACACCCAAGCGCCUGAGUUGACAGCGCCCAGCAUUCAGUUUGGUGUGCGCGACCGUCCCCCGUUUCCAACGACGUGGCAGACCUCCGAAGACUUUCUGGCAGCCUUCAACGACUACAUCGUGCAGAACAACGGCCCGCCUUUCCGCGCCUCCCGGUUCCCUGCAACGCAAACAAACACAACCCUCAUCCAAGCAACGCUUGUCCAGCAGGACGCGAGCGCCUCUCCGUCCGCUCUCAGCGCAGACCUGUGGCGGAUCGAAUGCCGCCUCACCAACACGCCAGCCAGUGGUUCAACCGCAGCCACUGACGACGGUCCGUUCCAGCCAUGCACCGGCGCUGCGAAUGCUGGUGAUGGUGGCGCUGCUGGUGGCGUUGGUGGUGCGUGGCUCACCAGCUACGUGACCAACAGCAGUCUCGCAGUCAUGGUCAGCACCCCCAUCCCAGCACCAAACACCGUCAACAGCCACACGCUCCACGUUCGCGGCAUCGACGCUGCCGGUAAUAAGGGCCCCGUUGUCAGCGCCGUGUGGUCGGUUGACACGCAGCCGCCCAUUGUCACUGUCGCCAGUGACCGCCUCUUCGACAGCGGCACGGGCUACUCCUCCAUUCCUGCCGGCCAGUUCCACUUUUCUGCGCAAGACCCGGCCCCUGUUCCUGCCCAUCCAGCCGCUGCGCAGCCGUACUGCCGCAUCGCCUACGACGCGACAGCAGCAGCGCCACCACAGGCUUCCCCGCAGCGCCUCCAGCCGCCAUUCCAGCCCUGCGCCUCCCCGUGGUCCUUUGACGUGUCCCCGCUCCUCACAAACGCCUCGGGCGCGUUUGUGUUUCAGGUACGCGCCGUCGACGCUGCGGGCAACACAGCAACGACCGCCUUCUGUGAUUCCAGCGCUGUGCCAGCAACCGACGGCGCCAGUGCCGCGUGUGUGCAGCACGCGUUUCACAUCGCAACACGCCCACCACAGCUGUCUGUCUCCAUUCACAUCCCCAACGUCACUGCAGCCUUCCACUCGCUUGAGCACUUCAGCUACGCGUGUCGCGGCGUGCUCGUUGCCACAGACACGUGCGUGUUUGCCUCCAGCAGCUUUGACGCCCGCGUUCACCUCACAUCCACCGCCCUCGACGGCCUCGUGAGCUUCGAGUGCCAGCUUGAUGACCAGACAUGGUUUCCUUGCUUCCCACAGCCCAGCACCAUCACAAACACAAACACAAACACGUCCAGCACAGACGCAACUGCUGUUGUUGUGGACCCCGUGUUCGCCAACACCGGCGCCCGCUUCCGUAUCGCCACGAGCGCGCAGCAGGAGUCCUUUGCUGGGCUGCCAGAUGCCGGUCACGUCUUUCGCGUGCGGGCCCACUCCGUGCAUGGCCUUAGCAGCGACGUUACCACGUUCCGCUGGACGACGGAUACCACCGUGCUGCCUGCAAGCAUCACCAACGCACCACCACCCGUCACCACACGCACCUGGGCAGCGUUUGCCUUUGACACGUCCAGCGCCGACACAGAGUCCUUCGUCUGCUCCGUGGAUGGCCAGCAUGUUCCCUGCACGAACGGCACGCUGUAUCUUGGUGCAGACGCGUCGCCCAUGACCAACGCCACGACCACCGCACCACCCGAUGACGGAGGUACCAGCACCGCCGCACCGCCGCAAGCGAUGGCCCCUGUGCGCGGAUGGACCGCAUGGACAAACAACCACAGCCCCGAUGACCCUGCCGUCGACGGUGGUGGGGAUACGGAGACGGUGGCGUGCGCACUGGGACAGGCGUUGUGGGCCGUGGAGUGUCGCGCCGUGUGCCCCGCCGCCAUGCCCGGCUGCGAACAGCUCCCUGCGCAGGACACGCUGCAGACGUUCGAGUCACCGUGUGCGACGGUGGUGGCUGCAGCUGGCGAGGCGCGUGUUGGCGAGCAGGCGCGGGUGCAGCUGCGGUGCCGCCACGCCGACCAGUCGGACGGCCGGCCCUGCCUCGACUACGAGAUGCGUGCAUGGUGCGGUGCCCCCACCAACGCAACGCGCGUUGUCGCCAGUGCCCGGGACACAGCCACCCUUUAUGUGGACGGGCAAGAGUACGUGGGCGUGCGGGCUGUAGAUGGCCCGCGCAUUGUCGACAUCCCAGCCGCGACGCGCGUGCUCGCCAUUGCCGCCCGCACCGGCGGCGACGCCCUCUCCGGCCGCAUCCGCAUCUCCCUGCCAUUCAUGGACGUGUUCUCUGAUGCCUCGUGGAUGUGUAGCCACGACACGCGCUGGCUGACAGACCUGUCGUGGACCGCGCCGGAGUUUGAUCCAAGCGCAACCACCGACGCCUCGUUCUCCCCUGCGCGCGUGGUGACACAGCCCUUGCGGGCAGAUGUCGAUGCGUGGCUCUCGCAGGGCCAUUCCGAUGGCGCUCAGUGGAUAUGGACAACCGCACCACCGUCAGUCGCCCCUUCCGACCUCCAGUUGCACGCGUUUUGCCGCCGCGUGCUCUCAGACGAUGCAUCCAGCGCCAACACUGGUGGCGACAGCAGCAACACCGCAUCUCAAGGUGACGAUGGUGAUGGCUCGUCAUCGAUGAAGCCUCUUCCGCUGUCUGGCGGGACGCAUGAGCUGCUGGUAUAUGCUGUUGAUCGCGUGGGUAACCUUCAGCAGCCACCGACGCGGUUCCUGUGGCGCGUGGACACUGACCGCCCAACAGUUAAGGUCACCAUGGGCCCGUCGCCCGGCAACGGAUACGCGGUGCAUGCCGCGUUUGGUGCGGACGAGAUACCCUUCGAUACCGGCCAGGGGUUUGCCUUUGUGCCUGCGUUGGAGGUUGAAGUUGAUGGCCAACUGCUGCCUGACGUGUACUGCAUUGAGCCCUCGCUCUCUUGCGCCGGCGCAACAUGCCGCAUCCUCUCCGCUUGCACCACCAACGCCACCAGCGCUGCCUGCCAUGCCCAACGCCAGGCCCUGGGCUGCGCCACCACGCGCACCCUGCCGCUGGCCUUUGCCACCACACACGGCCCGCACGCCCUCGCCAUGCGCGCCCGCGACCCCGCCGACAACCUUGGCGCGUGGAUGCGUCUCACGUACUCCGUGGACGCCGCUGCGCCUGCACCAGCUGUCAUCGUCCCCGCAACCCCAAAAGAAGCAAUGGACAACAACACAUCGUCCGCCCCACUCGCGCUCGCCGUCUCCACCGACGAUGGUGUACAGGUGCUGACCCGAGAACCCAGCACGCUGUUGCUGGACGUGCGUACGCCCAUGAGCGAUGCGCUCUUCUUCGAGUGUGUGCAGUCGUACGAGUGUCUGCUGCGCACACCCGGCACCGGCACCACCACCACCACCACCACCACAGCAACAACCACAGGGUUUGAGGCGUGUGGACCACCGGUACCGCCAGCAUGCACAAUCGACGUUGCGGCAACCAUUGCUGUCCAAGGCCCAGCUGUUCGAUCACUGCUGCUGCGGCUGCUGCACAAUUGCACAACCAAUGACGACUGUGCCUUUCUCGGACACGCCAAAUCGUCACAAUCCUCAUCAAUAACAGCAACACCGUCAGCGGCGGCACCACUCCCGAUCAGCACGGACGCUGCCAUCCAAGCUGCGCUUGCAAUCCACGUUCGCAGUGAGCUGGCCAGUAGUGGGGCGGGUGCACUGCUCGGGGUCCGCAUUGGCGGCGAUGCGCCGCCAUCCCUGCUGCUCCUGCCGGAGAUUCGCGCGCACCAAACUGCUGCUGCGUUUUCCCAGGACGGUGGCCGCCAGUUUGGCGCUGCGGAAGCGGCUUUCGUCGAAGCCGUGUCUGCUGCUGCUGCUGCGGCACAGGAAGGUGGGACGCAGACGCAGCAGCGCCGGUGCAAAGUCAGCGGUGUCGCUGCUGCCCAGAACGGAAACGCCGAAGGUGUGGGGUCCUCAAUCACGUCCUUGGAUUUGCUGGCGUGUGCCGCCACGCCAACCAACUGCUUGUGGUCUUGUGCUGGACAGUUGAGGGAUCAUGCAGGCAGCAAUGGCGGUUGGAAUAGCACGCAUGCCAACUGUACCAUGUCGCUGCCACUCACGCCUGGCGCAGCGGCGGUGCAGUGUGGAUCGACUGGCGGCGCCGCCCUACCCACAAACGCCACCACAGCCACGCUGUACUCUCUCAGCACCGCAGCCGCUGGCGAAGGAUACCCUCCCUGGCUCGCGGGCGUCAAUCCAACGCUCCUCUUGCCGGUCACGCUGACGCUGAACCAGACCCAGUCCUAUCCGCAACACCUGGCGCGCCUGGCCGCUGUCUCCCGUGCACUCAACAGCGAGGGUUUGCGCGUGGCCAUUGAAGAAGGCAUCGUCGAUGGCGAUGGCGCCGACCAACACGCGCAGGAAACAGCAGCUGCGGCACACACUCUGGUGGCCAUGCAUGUGCAAGCAUCGCUACUCCCGCCAAUGGACACGGCCUCCAUCCGUCCCACCGCAGCGGUGGAGUGGCUGGUGCAGAACGCCACGCUGCUGUCCGACGCUGUGGUCGCCAAGCUGGUGCCCCACUGCAAUCUCGUCGGCACCGCGCCCUCGCACUGGCCCGAUGCACUGGUUCUGUUGCUGACAUCGAGUGAUGUGGCGUCAUGCUCCCAGCACGCACGGGAGGCAGCGCAGCGCACGGCAAACACGACCCUCCUGAUGCACCUAUCCACCACAGACGGUACAGUAGCCCAGGUGCCACUGGCGCUGCACACGACUGGCGCCGAAGACAUUGACGUGUCCUCAGCGGUGCGGGCAGAUGCCGAUGGUGCAUCGUCCGUGUUGGCCGCACUGGGCUGGGCAGGGGUCGCGGCUGCGCCUAUCCCCGUGCGCGUGUACCAUCGUAACGCGUGCCCAGCGACCAAUCCUCAGGCUGCACACGCAGGCAACCCGCCACUGUGCGUUCCCAAGGAAGACGGCGGGGUUCAGCAGGAGCUGCUGGUCCGAGCGGUGGAUGCUGCCGGCCAACGCGGCGAUGCUGCCCAGUUGCAGCUCUACUGGGACACAACACCACCAUCACUGGUGUGGAAUGCACGCCCGCUGCGUGCUGUGACCACUGGCGAUGCCUCCCAGCCAACGACCGUCACAUUUGACUUUGCGCUCCUUGACCCGUUGCCCCGCACGGUACAGCAGCGGGUUGCAGCAACCGGUAUCACAGCCACCUUUUCUUGUGCCCUAACCGAGGUAGCCGCCGCUCAGGCCUCGUCGGCCUCCGCGCCCGCGGUCCCGCGAGAGCUCUUGCAGGCAUGCACACCUCCAAUGAGUUAUCGCGUGGUGGAUGGCGCGUACGCAUUUGCCGUUGUUCCAACGGAUGAGCUUGGCAACGUCGGCCAAACUUCCGUCUACACGUUCACCGUGAGCACCGCCCCACCCGCACUCUCGGCCGCGCCUUUGCCUGCAGCCGUCUACCAGUACCCACAGGACAUUCCACACCUAACUGUGAAUGUGGCGGCAGAGGUCGAGACUGCCGCCCAGACCGGUAGCAGCCCCGCCGACGGCCUGUCGCUGAGAUGUGUGCUGUGGUGGCGCCCGUGUGACUGCGUAGAAACGUGCGUUCAGGCGCCUCACGGCGCUGAUGCUGCAAUGCGGGUGACCCAGCACUUGGCGCCUGCGCUGGAUGCACCGUGCACAUCACCCAUCUCAAUUGCCACCCUCCUAACUGCUGCAAACCCACCGCUUUCAAGCUCAGGCUUGCCCUCUGGCCUAUUUCCGGUUUGGAUUGCCCUCAACGUCUCCCUGGCUGACGACGCUGGCACCGACGCGACGGGCGCAGCCCCCGUCUCCUACUACGCCGUGAUUGCCCCGGAUGCGCCCGUUGUUUCGUUUGCUGCCACGUCUCUGCCACCGCUGAACACUCCGAGCGUGGCUGCUGAACAGUGGAUCGUGUUUGGAGCCCGCCAGCACGGCGUUCCACUCCCUGUUACCGCGUACGAGUGCCAGGUGGUGACGCUGCCGGCAUCUCUGCUCAAGGCGCAGGGCGUUGCUGCACCUUUCCGCGUGCACACGCGCGCAGAGGCGCUGCACAUGAGGCAUUUUGUGUCUGGUCAGGCAAAGGCCAAAGCGGAAGCCCUGGUGGCAGCGGCACCGUGGUUCAGGUGCACCUCCCCGAUCAACGUCGACACGCGCGCCCGUGGCCUGCAUGUAUUCGCUGUGCGUGCGGUGUACCGCCGUGCGGAAGAAGUGCGGACGGCCGAGAGUGUUGUUGCGUGGCUAGGUGUCGCCCUGACCAGGCCGCAUGUGGAUGUGCUCACAGCUGAGGAUGCAGGCGACAUAGCUGCCGCUGCUGCUGCUGCUGCUGCUGGAUUUGAUACACAGCUUGGGCAGUACUCCGCUGACGUUUCGCUCGAGCAGAGUGAUGAGGCCACCAGCGCCGUUGGCCCUAAGUCCUGUGCGCUGCGACUGAGCGUUGUGCUCUCGCACGACCCGGAAACGCUUCGGUUUGACAGGACCAGGUUUUUGUCCAGCGCUGCGUGUACCAACCACAGCGUGCGUGUUGUGUGCAGUGUGCUCAAGCCCACGGAGCACGACCAAGUGCUAGUUGACGCACGCUUGCCGCUACCAUCCAAUCAACGUCAACAGCAGCAGCAAGAACAGCAUGCCGUGUGGGGUGCAGGUGGUGCACUGGUGAGUGCAGAGGCGCGGCGGCUUCUUCUUCGUGGCCAAUGCCGCGCCGUGCUCCGCUUCCGCGGUGAUGACGGCGUGGACGCCGGUCCAACUGUGCUUGCUGCUUCUCCCCUUGACUUUGAACGCGUGCGCCUGUUUCGCAUCUCAGGUGCGAGCUCGGAUGUCACCCAUUCGCUCGGGCUGCGCUGCUGUGUGGGCGGCGCUUGCUCCGCUUCGACCUGCACAGCAUGUGGUGGGGGCGUGUGUGCGUACGACUGCGGUGCGUUCGCGGCAGGCGCAGCAGCGAGCCCGCAGCUCGUACACAGCCAGUCGUGCGACUGUGAACUCGCCGCUGACGUGGAGUCGUGCUGGCCGGGCCUCCGGGCCACCAGCACGCGUCUGCUGGAUGACUCGGCCGCUGCCGUGUUUGCUGCGUGGUACGAGGACGGCGCUGAAGGCCGGGGCCCUGCCGCAACUGCUGUGUGGAACGUGACGGCGGCUGAACGCGGCCGCACCCAGCGGUUUGGGCUGUUCACCAUCUCGUACGACCUGCCUGAAAAGGUGGUGGUCGCUGGAGCCACUGCCAACGAUGGUGAUGGGUCUGCUGCUGCGGCCUAUGAUGCAGCUGUUGCUGCCGGCACGAGGGACGGCACGCUGCCGCUGGGCUACGAGCAGCAGUCGACCGUGUGGAUGAACAUCACCACAUCUGUGGCCAUCGUUCGCGUGCAGUCACCGGCUUCGCUGCUGGAGAAUGAUGCUGCACAUGACAGCGAAGACAACGUUGUGACAGCGUCGUUUGUGGUGCAUGCGAUAGCCGCUGCCGCGUCCUCACUGACCUGCACUGCAGAGUCAGUGACUCGUGUUUUCACGUGCACGACUGCAGCUGCAGCCGGCAGCGAGGGCAUUGACGCGUGUACGUCGCUGGUUACCUUUGGGCCACCGAACAUGCUCUCCUUCUUGGGCCGAUUUGAGCGUGUGUGCUUUGGGGCGAACGCGACGGACUGCCCGCAUGUGAAUGGCCGUGCGGUGUAUGCGUUCUCUCGCUCCUCCAGCCGCCUGCUCUACUUUGACACAACAGGAUGGGUGCUGGUGCACAGUGCAAACGCGCGCGCUUUGCAAGAUGGGCGGUCCGCACCACGGUCCUCUGUCUUGCUGCGCAGCGCAGACGAUGCUGCAUCCGUUGCGGCCAUCCAACAGCCAUGGCGGUUUCCAGACAAUCGCGAGGCCACCGCAUUUUCAAUCGCUUGUGAAACUCAAGUGCUGGUGCAUGCUCAAGUGAGGGCCGCCUCAGUUGCUGACUUGGCGGAGGCUGCUGCCGCUGAUGACUUGAAGCUUUGCAUUCAAAGCCACAUCUCCGCUCCACCACGUGCAUCCCCGCCUGCGUGUGCAGAUGUGAGUGCUGCGAUUCAGGCGGCGCUGACAAACAGCACGCGGCCUACAACGCCGGCGGCGGCAGCCGGUAGCAGCGCGAGCGGUAGUGCAGGUUUCGAGGUCGCUUGCCCGGCCACAAAUGACAGUGCCCUUGCUGCGGUAGCAAUCAUCCUUUACCUGGCCUUCACUGUGUUGCUUUCGCUGUCCAUCUACUACACACGCAAGAGGGAGGCGACGGCGAUUGCUGCAAAGCACCUACGACGCGCGGUGUUGCUCAACUCGGAAGGCCUUGAGCUCUCAAACGUGGAGGACUUUCUGACACACAGCGACGAGAGUGAUGACAAUGACGAUGGUGAUGAUGAUGAUGACGAAGAGCAGGGAGAGCUUGAGGCAGCGGAAGAGUAGCGCGGGUGCUGUCAUUUCUCGUGCUGCGAGGGCGCAGUAACAUCGACUGCUCGGAAUCGUGUGUGUGUGUGUGUGUGUGUGUGU